AUGGCAUCGACGAAAACGCAGAGCAACGAGGAGGACGGGGAAAUCGAAACCGUGCCAAUGACGGAACAGGUUAUGGAUCCCAAUAUAAAAAUAACCGACGUGCCGGACGUGGAAUAUGGCACCGAAGAGUGGGACGCUAACUGGGACAAGAACAAGGUUAUCCGAGACGUCGCGUACUAUAUUCGAGCGCACAAAUUCCAGGACUUCGAUCGGCGUUAUUACAGGAGCCUCGAGGAUUCACCGAGCAGACUUUACGAGGAAUUCCCUAAACCACCUUUGAGAUCUUUGCAUUGGGAAGUACGCAGGCACUGCGAUGCGAGCUUCCUCGAGUGCCUGAAAUAUCUCGAAAGGACUAUUAAGCUUACCGCCCUCAGGCGAGAAGACGACACCGUCACGAUCAUGAAAGAACAGAAAUGGAAUCUUGCGAACAAUACCAAACAGCUUCUGUCCGUUCAAAAGGCUUGUCAGAUGGCCCAGAGGCGUGACAAUCUAACCAUGGUUCCUUUCCAAGGUCCAAUAGAACGAUUCCAGUGGCGAACUACCGUGAGUUAUUACAUGUGUUGGUAUACGAUGCUCGGAGUGCCAGAGCUGAGUAUUUUCGGAGAGUCCUGUGGCAAUCACGCAAACUGCCAGAUCGAAUAUGGAGCAGACAACGGUGAUCCCCGAGCCGAUGACACGAAACCGUACGGUUGCGCGCUUUAUAGUUUCUGCCCCGAUCAUUGUUGCCCCAUGAGGCACAUUCGAUACACAAUUGAUUGCGAACAGUCGCCUCUCAAUCCUUGCUACUCUGGGAACACCGCAAUGCGGAGGGAAUGCUCGUUAAAUCGACAAGAGAAUCACGACUUUGUAAGCUUGAUAACGAAUCAAAUAAAUAUCAGUUGUCAGUGUCUCGAACACGGCUACGAAUGGUCCUCGAGAUUCGGCAUUUGCAUCGACGUGAACGAAUGCACCCGGGGUGAACACGACUGCUCCUCGGAGGAUGGUGAAACGUGUAUCAAUAUGCCGGGUGGUUACGAAUGUGUUUGCAGAUUCGGUUACGUUUACGAUCCAGAACAGAGAUCGUGUGUCCUCAGUUCCGCCGUGGAAGACAUGUUGACGGCUAGCGAGAUCGACGCCAACGUUACGAAGACGAAGAGCGUUUUCGAGACGAUUGUCGAUACGAUCACGAAGUCGACGGGCAAUCGUCUAAUUAACGACUGUAGGAUUGUUUUUCUGGUCAUUUCUACGCGUUUCUGGAUAUUAGCAGCAGUAAGAUGA